GUUAUCAUUGUGUGCAAAAUGAUAGGACAGUCGGUCUAUGUUCAUCGUAAGGAACAAUUGUCUCUUUGUGCAUUUUGUCAGUAAAACACUUGACACGAUACACUUUAUACGGUGCAAACUACUAGUCUGAUCAUUUACGAAAGUUACUUAUGAUACACUAGUGUGUCCUGACGAUGGAGUUUUGUUGCAAGUUUUACGGAAGCAUAGAAUUCAAGGUAAUUUUAUUCGGCUUAUUGCUAUCUUUUUUGGUGGUAAAUGGAGUCAAAUCUGAUUGCAAUUAUUUUCAACAUUUGGAGCCUGGACAAACAUAUUAUGCGUAUAAUUCGGAGUUUCCUUCCACGUACAAAGGUGAAAAUCAUUGCAUUUGGAAAAUGGAAAGUUCCACUGUUACUACAAUAAGUUGUUCCAUUCAAAUGAAAUAUGAUUGUCAAAAUAACAGACUUACUAUUCAAUUUUAUGGAGGUCGCAGCUACAUCCUUUGUGGCUCCAACAACACAUUCGACUUGCAAGGAAUAAAUCCAAUUAUAACAUUUAACUCACAGUAUAAUUCGGAAGGUCGAUUUUUAUGCAAAAUUCAGAUUUCAAACGAUUGGAACAAAAACUGUCAAUGUGGUUGGAAAAAGGAAACUAGAAUAGUAGGUGGUAAGGAAACCGGAAUAAAUGAAUAUCCCAUGAUGAGUGGACUUGUUGACGCAGCUAAACAAAUAAUAUUUUGCGGUGGUACUAUAAUAUCUAAACAAUAUGUGAUAACGGCAGCUCAUUGCAUACAUAAUAAAUACAUACCUAAUAUUGGCGUAAUUGUUGGUGAACAUGAUACAGCUACAGGUAGCGAAACCAAAGCAACUAAGCUGUUCCGUGUGGAAACAUGUUACAUUCAUCCUAACUAUCAAAGUAACACAGUUGCUAACAAUGAUGUAGCUGUUUGCAAGAUUUAUGGUACUAUUACAUUUAAUGCUGAGGUUGGUCCAGCCUGUUUACCAUUUCGAUAUGGACAAUACUCGUUCGCUAAUAAUAUCGUCACUGCGUUGGGUUGGGGUUUACUGGAAUUUGGAGGCUCUAAACCAACUAAACUUCAAAAAGUGGAUUUGAACGUAAUAACUCGUGAAAAAUGUCAAAAUUAUUAUCCCAAUGUAGGCAAUCAAAAUUUGUGUACUUUUACUUCGGGAAAGGAUACAUGUCAGAUGGACAGUGGUGGACCUCUUCUAUGGCAAGAUCCUAAAACGCAUAAUAUUGUGGUGGUUGGUAUUACAUCUACCGGUUCUGGUUGUGCCUCAAACACUCCUGCUGUCGCGAUGUGUUUAGGAUAUUUUAUCAAUUGGAUAAUAUACGUAACACCUGAUGCACAGUAUUGUCAAAUUGAUUGAGCUCUACAGUUAAAAAGAUUUAUUUUACAACCUUAUAAAUGUCUGCACCCAUGCAUAAUAAAUGUGUAGGUAUGUAAUAAAUAUUACAUAUUAUGUGCGUGUGGAAUGGAACCAAGAAAUGUAUUCAAGAAAUUUAUACAGAAAUAUUAUUUAGCAAGAUCAAA